AUGCCUCAAAAAGAAUCCUCCCCUCGCGGAUACCAGCUCGUGUCUUCAAGCACUGAGCAAGAUGCCUCUGUGCAUCUCCGCAGCACCUCCAAAAGCAAGACUCCCUUCGACUUCUCGUUCGAGGCUAUCCGUCAAAACCUUUUCCGGGUGACCUUCACUUCCAAAGAUCAUGUUGUUCCUCCGUACCCCAGUGUCACCAAGCCCGAGACAAACCUUAAGAACAUGAACAUUGUUGCGAAGUCGUCAGAAUCCUCAAAGACCAUUGAUAUUGGCGGCGUCACUGCUAAGGUUGAAUGGACUGAAACUCCCGUCGUUUCUCUCUCAUGGACCGGCUCCGAUAACCUCCUCCACCGCGAUCUGCCCCUGCGCUCAUACGUCGCCGAUGGAGAGGGUGUUGCACACUAUUCGGUCCAUGACCGAGAUGCUCUACACGUUGGUCUGGGCGAGAAGGCCGCUCCAAUGGAUCUCACUGGCCGCAACUUCCAACUCUCCGCCACCGAUUGCUUCGGAUACGAUGCCUACAACUCUGAUCCUCUAUACAAACACAUUCCGCUGUUGAUUAAGGCAACUGCAGAGGGCUGUGUAGCUCUCUUCUCAACUACCCAUGGACGUGGCGCAUGGUCUGUUGGCUCAGAGAUUGAUGGUCUCUGGGGUCAUUUCAAGAUUUACCGCCAAGAGUAUGGAGGUCUGGAACAAUACAUGAUCGUUGGCAAGAAUCUCCAAGAGGUUGUUCGCUCAUAUGCCGAGCUGGUUGGAAUGCCCUUGUUGGUCCCUCGUUGGGCCUAUGGUUAUGUCUCUGGUGGAUACAAGUACAGCGCGCUGGAUGAGCCCCGUGCUUCAGACGCUCUAAUCGAUUUCGCCGAGACACUGCAGAAGCACGGUAUUCCUUGCUCCGGACACCAAAUGAGCUCCGGAUACUCAAUCUCCGAGCAUGAGCCCAAGGUUCGCACAGUUUUCACUUGGAACUACCACCGCUUCCCCAACCCCGAAGAGUGGGUCAAGAAGAUGCACGAGCAUGGUAUUCGUCUGAUCACCAACAUCAAGCCAUUCCUGCUGGACUCUCACCCCGAUUUCAAGCAUCUCAUCGAUUCCCGUGGUUUCUUCCAAGAUGAUGACAAGGAGCCUGGCUACAUGCAGUUGUGGAGUGCCGGCGGUGCUACCGGUGGUGAGGGAUGUCACAUCGAUUUCACCUCCGAAGCUGCCUUCAAGUGGUGGUUCAAUGGUGUCCAGAAGCUCAAGAAGGCUGGCAUUGACGGCAUGUGGAAUGACAACAACGAGUACACUCUUCCCAAUGACGACUGGACAUUGGCUGUUGACGACUCAAUGGUCAACGCGGAAGCGAAGAAGGGCGUUGCCAACACUGUCGGCCAAUGGGGACGGGCUAUGCACACCGAAUUGAUGGGCAAGUCAUCCCACGAUGCCUUGCUUGACAUGGAACCCAACUGCCGACCUUUCGUCCUCACCCGCAGUGCCACUCCCGGUACCAUGCGCUACUCUUGUAGUACCUGGUCCGGAGACAACGUCACCAGCUGGGAGAGCAUGAAGGGUUCCAACGCUCUGUCUCUGAACGCUGGUAUGUCCCUUAUGCAAUACGAAGGUCACGAUAUCGGUGGAUUCGAGGGACCUCAGCCCUCACCCGAGCUCCUCCUCCGCUGGAUCCAACUUGGAUGCAACUCCAUCCGCUUCACUAUCAACUGCUUCAAGACUUCCCCUGACAACAACUCCGUUGGCGAGGUCAUCGAGCCUUACAUGUACCCUGAGAUCACACCUUUGGUCCGUGAUACUAUCAAGCGUCGUUACGAGAUCCUGCCUUACAUCUACUCUCUUGGUCUCUCAAGUCAUCUCACUGCUAACCCACCCCAGCGCUGGGUUGGCUGGGGCUACGAGUCUGAUCCCGAGGUAUGGACCAAGGCGCUCAAGUCCGGUGAUCAGCAAUUCUGGUUCGGUGACUCUGUUCUUGUUGGCGGUGUCUACGAGCCUGGCGUCAAUGUUGCAAAGAUGUAUCUCCCCCGCAAGACCGGUGAUGCAUUUGAUUACGGCUACGUGAAUAUGAACGCUCCUUACACAUACUACGCCGCUGGCCAGUGGGUUGAGGUUCCUUCCGAGUGGCGCGAGAGUAUUCCGCUCAUUGCAAAGGUCGGUGGUGCUAUCCCCGUUGGCAAGGACGUCCACACUCGUGUACCAGGCGAUGAAACUGCCGCUUCGCUGGGUGUCAAGGAGCUGGAUGACUACCGUGGUGUCGAGGUUUUCCCUCCCAAGGGAUCCUCUCACGAAACCGUCUUCGAGAACUCUUGGUUCGAGGAUGAUGGUAUUUCUCAACAGGCUAAGAUCUCCAAGUACACACUCAGCUACAGCUCGACUGUGGAGAAGGUGCUUGUGCACUUCCUGCGUGAUGAGAGCAGUGGCUUUGUGCCAGCUUGGAAGGAACUGGAUAUUGUUCUUCACCACGGUGAUCAGCGUCGUGUGGUUUCUAGCUCCGGCCAGGAGAUUGUGGCUAAGGGCUCUGACAAGCGUGGUCGUCUGGUGUACACUAUCAAGGCUUAG